AUGGGACAAAGGUUUACAAAUGAGGAAGGGGACCAGGAAGAUAUCGAUGUGGCCGAGUUGCAGGAGUGGUAUAAAAAGUUUGUGGUGGAAUGUCCCAGUGGGACUGGUACGCUCUUCAUGCACGAAUUCAAACGCUUUUUUGGAGUCCAGAAUAACAAGGAAGCUGCGGAUUAUAUUGAGAAUAUGUUCAGAGCCUUUGAUAAAAAUGGGGAUAACACCAUUGAUUUUCUGGAGUACGUGGCCGCGUUGAAUCUUGUCCUACGAGGAAAGCUGGAACACAAGCUGAGGUGGACGUUCAAAAUGUACGACAAGGAUGGGAAUGGCUGCAUAGACAAACCCGAGCUCCUAGAAAUAGUCGAUUCUAUUUAUAGGCUGAAGAAAGUGUGCCGGGCCGAGACGGAGGAAAGGACUCCGCUGCUCACCCCAGAGGAGGUUGUGGAAAGGAUAUUCCAGUUAGUGGAUGAGAACGGGGAUGGGCAAUUGUCCCUUGAUGAAUUCAUUGAUGGGGCACGGAAAGAUAAGUGGGUGAUGAAGAUGUUACAAAUGGAUGUAAACCCUGGAGAAUGGAUCUCAGAGCAAAGGAGGAAAAGUGCUUUGUUUUAAUAGAAGCCAGUUUCUGGUGUGGCUGGAAAGGUCUGAUGCUGGCCACACUGAUGGUUGUGUCACUUUGAGGAUGUCAUCACCCGCUAGCGGCAACUUUUCCUU